AUGGCAGAGGCAGAGCAUAGCUUUCGAGCUCCGCGCUAUGACAACGAAGACGUGAGCCCGACAUCAGAGCGAGAGCUCCGGGGAUGGUACAGCACUGGCCUGGCAGCUGAGAUUUAUGCUGUCUGCGGAGUUGGCUCCUUCGCCCCCGUGACGCUCGAGCAGUUCGCACGCGAAGCUGGUGUACUCCGCAGCGAUGGCGUCUCAUCCUGCAUCAAGCCCAAGGCAGGAAACGCCGCACGAAGACUUGCCGAAACUGUCGCUCGCGCCGCAGAGUCCAGCAACGAUGACCUGAGCAACCAAUGCGUGAUCUGGCCAUUCGGACGCCCUAUCGCAACUCAGAGCUUCGCCAUGUACACGUUCAGCAUGGCCGUGUUCGUCCAGGCGCUGGUCUUGAUCUCGUUCAGUCCAGUGGCCGACUAUGGCACUUACAGGAAGCGUCUCAUGAUGGGCUUCGCCUUCACUGGAGCCUUUCUGACCAUGUCGAUGGUCUUUGUGUGGCCGAAGGUUUACCUCUUGGGGUCACUGUUCACUAUCAUUGGCGUGGUCUGCCUCGGCUCGACGUUCGUGUUGCUUAACUCGUUCUUGCCGCUGCUUGCUGCGAAUCAUCCGACAGUAUCGCAUGCUCAGACCAAAAGUCAGGCAGCAUGCGGUCAGGCUGACAAGACUUCGCCGGAGCUCAAGCUGUCGACCCAGAUCUCGUCCAAAGGCGUGGGCUUGGGGUAUGCAGCGGCGGUCUCGGUACAGAUUCUGUGCAUCAUUCUGCUCGUCUUGCUGAAGAAAGCAAACUUUGCAUCUGAGUCCACGCCGUUGCGCUGUGUGCUGUUGCUAGUCGGAGUAUGCUGGUCUCUGCUCACAUUGCCAGGAUCUCUCUGGCUACGCGAUCGUCCCGGGCCGUCACUGAGAGUGGUGCAACCUUGGAAGUCGAAGCUGCCAGCUGUGGUGCAAUACCUCGUCUUUGCCUGGGGCUCAGUCUGGAAGACUGUCAAGACUGCCGCGAAGCUGCGCCAAGUUUGGGUGUUCUUGAUUGCGUGGUUCCUCCUAUCGGAUGCCAUCGCCACCGUGUCCGGUACAGCGAUCAUGUUCGCACGGACCGAACUAGAAAUGAGCACGACCGCUAUUGCUCUGCUUUCCAUAACAGCCACGCUUUCCGGUAUUGCUGGCGCUUUUACCUGGCCACACAUCUUGAGAAGGCUGAAACUGCAGACGAAGCAUACCAUCAUCGGCUGCAUGAUCAUUAUGGAAAUCAUUCCGCUGUACGGUCUGCUGGGGUUCGUACCAUUCAUCAAAUCCUGGGGCGUGCUGGGCCUCCAGCAAGCGUGGGAAAUCUACCCUCUCGGCUUCGUGCACGGCUUCGUAAUGGGUGGCCUCUCGAGCUAUUGCCGCUCUUUCUAUGGCGAGAUCAUUCCGCCUGGAAGUGAAGCUGCAUUUUAUGCUUUGUAUGCCAUCACGGACAAGGGCAGCUCUGCGGUAGGACCUGCCAUUGUCGGUGCGAUGGUGGAUGCUGUCGGAACCAUCAGACCUGCUUUUGGCUUUCUGGCUAUACUGAUCGCGUUGCCAAUGCCGCUGGUGUACCUGGUCGACGUCCAGAAAGGCAGGGCAGAGGCCGUGGCUAUGUCGAAGCACAUCGCACAUGCCACAGGCGGCAUCACGAUGCAGGACUACGACGAUGAACGUGAGACGGAUGCCGGUGAAGGACUUUUACGACAGCAGCCUGACGAUGAAGAUGAAGCACAGCGAUAG